AUGCACUCCCCCGAAAUGGUGACAUUUGUGCGGUAUUGUACAGCGAGCAAUAUGCGCAUCGAGCUCUGCUAUCAGUGCCUUGGUGAUCCAUGCAAGAAGAUGCCAGUGGUACUUCUCAUUGGUGGACUCAACAUGCAAAUGUAUGCCUGGGAUGAGGCGUUUUGUGAGGAGCUAGUGAGUCGUGGCUUCUUUGUGGUGCGCUUCGAUAAUCGUGAUAUUGGACACUCUACAAAAAUAGAUGAGCGCGGCAGUAUUGUGUCAGCACGCCUGUUGCUGCCAAAAGCCCUUGCCUUUGGAGAACGCCUCCCCUAUACGAUUGAGGAUAUGGCGCGUGAUGCUCUUGCACUUAUGGACGCUCUUGGCAUUCCUUUUGCCCAUAUUAUGGGCAUUAGCAUGGGUGGGAUGAUUGCCCAGACGUUGGCGCUUUUUGCGCCGCACCGUGUGCUUAGCCUCACAAGCAUUAUGUCAACCACAAAUGCCGCCGAUCUACCAGACCCACAGCUGUGGGUAAAGAUGUGGCUUCUGCGAAAGCCCCCUGCAAAUUGCACCCUUGAGGAGCUGUUAAACUUCCGUGUUGUCUCACUUAAAAAGCUGCUAGCAGGGACCCUGCCCGUGGAUGAGGAGUAUUUAAAGCACCGGUAUUUAAUUUCACUGCGGCGAAGUGCGUAUUCCGCAGGUCUACUGCGACAGGCUGCAGCGAUUCGUCGAUGUCCUGGACGCGACGAGGCUCUUCGCUCGCUCUCUUGCCCGACGCUGGUUAUCCACGGCCAGCAAGAUGUCUUGAUGCCACCUGCACACGGCCACCGUACAGCGUCUGUGAUACCGCAAGCCAAACUGAUCAUCCUAGAAAGCAUGGGACACUACCUUCAUCCCGCCUUCUUCUCCCCAAUCAUCGCACACUUUGUCGAGGUUGCAAAUUCGUCAGAGGAAGGUGGUGGACUUAGUAGACGUUUUGGGUUUGAUAUUCCCCGUUGUGUGCCGUCACUGCACGGUGUCACCGUGGAGAAGAAACUUGGCUUAAACCCGGUGGAGUCUCACUCCGGUUCGAUGGAAGCAUUGCCGUCCUCGCAUGCACCAGCCGCGGUGAACGCGCCGGAGACGUUGGAUGCACAAGACGCGAGGCACACCUCUAGCAUGCCCAAUGACGCGGGUACGGGCGCGGAGGGUGUGGUGUGCGGUGGCACAGAUGAGAUUGUACUUGAGGAGGUUCGACAAAGCAUAUUAGAGGAGCAGCUUGCAGAGAUGUCUUUGCUGAGCACGCCAGAAGACAGGAUGUGCGAAUGUGAGGAGUAA